AUGUAUGCUAUUUUUUGCAAUUUCUGAUUAGUUCAGUCGGAAAAUGUCGGACGAAGUAGCAAAAGCGCAGGCAGCCGAUGCCGCUGCAAACGAUACCAUUUUCGGGAAAAUUCUUCGUAAGGAAAUCCAGGCCAAGUUUAUCUACGAAGAUGACAAGUGCGUUGCAUUUAACGAUGUUUGCCCGCAAGCACCGGUACACUUCCUCGUAAUCCCGCGGAAGCCCAUUUCGCAACUUUCCAAAGCCUCGGAAGAAGAUGGAGCACUGCUCGGACACAUGAUGCUGGUCGGUAAGAAGGUAGCAGUGGAGCAAGGACUAGAGGAGGGUUACCGUGUCGUUAUCAACGACGGUAAGAACGGUGCACAGUCCGUUUAUCAUCUACAUUUGCAUUUCCUGGGCGGACGUCAGAUGCAGUGGCCUCCCGGGUAAUGUGUCGCGCAUUUGUUACGGUUACAUCGGAUGCAUGAAUAAAAUGGCAACGGAGUGGUUACGUUGAA